GAAGAAAAAGCAGGUCUUGUUUUUGUUGCAAAACGAACAAAAGAAGAAGUCCGUUGCUUUCUAGUGUCAUGCAAGAAAAGCAGUUUGUUGUCACACAGCGGUGCUCUGAAGGUAAGAUGACAGGAGCUGUCCGCAGAGAGCAAGCAGAGUUCAGCAUGGACUAUGUGAAUCUGCCCGAGCCUCCAGUUACAACGGCUGCUGGAGGAGGAGACGAGGGGAACCAUCCUGCACCAGGGACAAAGUUAUUGAGGCUGGUUGGAGUUAGCUUUGGACUCCUUUGCCUCCUACAAGCUGCUGUCAACGUGUCUCUCCGCCUGACACUGUUCAAAUCUGACGGUCAGACGUCACCAACAGGACCCGCUUGCUGUAAUGAAACUGACAAGCAGAGACAACUGAUCGAGCGGUACAUCCAGCAGGGAUGGGUGCGUUUCCGUUCCAGUGUGUAUUAUAUUUCUGACGCCAGGAACACGUGGCAGCAGAGCAGACGGUAUUGUCUGCGGCAAGGCGCUGACCUGGUGAUCAUAAACACCAAAGAAGAACAGGACUUCACAAGACAGUUUCACAGAUUCACGUGGCUCGGACUUUAUUAUGAGUCCAAGACGAAGAAGUGGAUAUGGGUGGAUCGGACUCCGCUGAACGAAAGUUUCAGCUUCUGGGGGCCUGGAGAGCCAAACGGGUUUGAAGGCAAAAUCGAAAACUGUGUGGAGAUAAGGUUCUUUGAGAUGGAUAACAGCUGGAACGACAUACCGUGUGGAGACCAAAACUACUGGAUCUGCGAGAAAGAGGUGGCUCCGUAAAUAAAACCAAACCAAGUCCAGGGGAGUACAAACGGACCUGAAGUCUUAACGUGUAACCAGGAAAUGGAAAGCCGGACACACGGUUUUAAUCAUUUGAAAAAGAGCCUGUUGGGUUUUGGAUUGAAAACAGGGUGUCCUUUGAUUUGUGCAAAACAUUGUUUUGAAAGUGACGCGAUCGCGUGAUAGCAAUGAUUUUAUUUUUGGCAAAUGCUUGAAUAAUGAGGGAGUAAGCAAUGAUGAUGGAAAAAGUCGUCACCAAAAUCAAAACGUUUUCGAUCAUCGAAAUCGAAAGCUUUUGGAUCAAGUAAAGCUUUCGAUUUUGGCAAAAAUCUUGAUAGUUUGUUCACCAACAGGUUAUAAAAUGAUCAGAAUACAUAAGCAACUUUUAUUUCGAAAGCUAUGUUCUAGUUACUGCAUCUCAAACUUACACAUCCCACUGAAAAGAUCGCAAAUCAACAAUUAAUUUCCUCUCACAUCUGUUCUUCAGCAGCUAUAUAUGACAGUUACUAUAAU